AUGGGCGGCCAUUCCGACAUCUCCAUCAAUGCGACCGGCGCGAGAGUCGCCGUUCAGCAGCCUGCCCCGACGCGGACUGCCAGGAGCGGGUCAAUUUUGCGAAGACCUAGUAUAACAAAUGGCACUACCAGACAGGCAGGCUUAGGAACAACAGCAUCCAACGCCUCGGGUGUUACGACCCCUACCGCUCCGGCCGCCAUCCGUACUCGCCGCCCGAACCAUUACCCUCCAGUCUCGAGUACGAACAACACGGUGAAAGCUCCCAGGCGCUCGGCUGGGCCUGACGUGCUCGGUAAUACAGACGCGGAGGCACGGAGACGAAGGCCGAGUGUCGCUUCACUCGGGGAACGAAAUGGGACGGAGCCAGUACGCACAUCAGUGUCCUCUACGCGAACUUCCAAGGCGAGAUCUGUACAACCGCCGCCUCGAGGGAGUGAUGCUACUACACUGGCCCACGAUUUGAGCGCUCUUGCCUUGGGUUCCGGUAGCUCACCUGGAUUUCCACGCUCCCCCAGGACUGCGGUCAAGGCGUCAGUUCCGUCCUCGACCAAGAGGAUAUCUGUUAUGCCUGGUGUUCCUCAUACUUCGCACGCCACAGGGUUAGGCGCCAGGACAAUCAGUCCGACGGAUACGAGACUGAUGAAGCGUAUGUCACAUCAUCAACCCUCCCAAGCGCCAGUUCCAGUGCCAACAGCUCCGAUGCCAUUAGCUACAUCACGUCCUUCAUCUCGCUCUCCAUCCAUGCUGCCACGCAAGAUCCCGACGCCAGCUUCCUCUCGGACUACCCCCGACGCGAACAACCGAAAAUCCUACAGCUCUGGUCUUUCGGCUACAUCAGCAAAUAGCUACAACACCGUACGAUCAUCGACUGGCUCUAUUCAACCGCGGAUCCCGCAGAGUGGUAGCUCUAGGCUACCUGCUCCAAAGGGUGUACCCUCCCAGAGCACGGCGAACGGCGAGGAAGAGGAAGAGGUUCCACCAGUUCCAGCAAUACCAAAGCUGUACGAUUCGCCUGGCGAACUGUCGUUUUUGGACAAGCGCAAGUCCAAUAGGGCGUUUGAUACUAGUAGCAUCAAUAGCACCUCAACAGGGAGCGUAUCUGGGGCACAGCUGACUGACCCACCGCCUGCUAAGCUGCAGCGCAAACCAAGCCAACGAAAAUCUGUACACACCUCGACUGUGGACAAGAAGUCCUCUUCCUCAAACUCAAAGAAAAACCUGCAGCCUCUUCGUCUACCCCCGCUUGCUCUAGGACCCUUAAGCACUACAACUGCUGCCAAAAUCGCGGCGCUUCAGGAUCACAAUGCAUCGGAACGGAAUCUUUCUCCUCCUGGUAGGCAAAUCGCAAAGACGCCGUCGACACCCAUGACAGCGUCAAGAAGCACCUACUUCACCACAACGCGAACUGAGGAUAAACCUACUGUUCAGCACCUUAGGAGCACAAGCACAAUUAAUCGAGGAAAGGGUGGUAGUAUUGACUCGUAUAGCUCAAACGAGUCGAUGGGGGGAGUGGUGUCGAACGCUAUGCCACAGUCAGGAAUGUCGCCAUAUAUCGCGUCUUCUGCGGCCAAGGGUGAGAGCCAGGAGUCAGCGUUUUCCAAUCGACCAAAGACCGGCGAUCCCGAUGCAUCUGUUCCCCAGAAACCCUCUGGACCACGAGCGCCGAAGCCUGCUGCCGCGAAGUUGUCAACCGCGAAGUCACCACCACCUCCCACUGACCCGGAAGAGCCUCCAACUCCAUCGUCAAUUGGCACCUCCAUCAGGCGGAAACUGAGUCUGUCAUGGAAACGAAGCGCAUCCAAGAACGGUAACAAUCGGCCUGACAAGGCUGAUCCGAACAGUAUCAAACACGACUCUAUGCCACCCCCAAAGAUUCCGAUAUCGGCGACGCUGGGCAGCAUGCCUUCAGCUACAAAAGCCCCAAGCCCGACGCCUUCCUCAAAAUCGAAUGGAACAGGGACCUACUUGGAGUCCAGGAGACGGAAGAGCUCAGCUUCGAGCCUCAAUGCCAUUGUUGCAGGGGACCGUCAACGAGGUGAUGCGGCGGCGGGCAAGAAGGAAUCUACGCUGGACACGGUGGCGGAGCGAUCGAUCCAUACGUAUAGCUCGGCGCAAAAGAUCCUGAAGCCGAAGAACUCAAGUGCGACUCUGAGCCAACCCCGUGACGUCUGGACGGCCGAUCUCGACAAGGAUGAUAUGGUGGCCGAGGAUGAGAUGAAGAAACUCGGGUCGCGCCGUAAGGAAACGGAAAUGGCGGCUCGGACACUUGACGCCUUACGCAAGCGUGCUACUGCCAAGGAACGCGUUGGCCCUCAGGAAGCCCUCAGGAUUGCCGUCCUGAAUAUUUAUGAGCGCGGCGAAAUUGUGGACUAUAAGGACGUCUACUUUUGCGGUACUCAAAAUGCGGCCAAGGUGGUUGGUAACGUUCAGUCAGACCUCCCCAACUUCGGAUAUGAGAUCAUUGAUGUUCUCGGAAAGGGCAGUUUCGGUCAGGUUGUUCGGUGCAUCGAUCACAAGACCGGCGUCCUUGUGGCCGUCAAAAUUAUCCGGAACAAGAAGCGGUUCCACCAGCAAGCCCUUGUGGAAGUCAAUAUCUUGCAGAAGCUUCGCGAAUGGGACCCUAAGAACAAACACAGCAUGGUCAACUUCACCCACAGCUUCUAUUUCCGCGGACAUCUCUGCAUUUCCACAGAACUCCUGGAUAUGAACCUUUAUGAGUUCAUUAAGUCGAAUGCUUUCCGGGGCUUCUCACUCAAGUUGAUUCGGCGGUUCACCAAACAGAUGCUCAGUUCACUACUUCUGUUAAAGCAACACAAGGUUAUCCACUGCGAUUUGAAGCCAGAAAACAUCCUACUCCGACACCCUCUACAUUCGGAGAUCAAGGUCAUCGAUUUCGGUUCCAGCUGUUUCGAAAACGAGAAGGUGUAUACUUACAUUCAGUCACGCUUUUACCGAUCCCCUGAGGUUAUUUUGGGUAUGACAUAUGGCCUACCUAUUGACAUGUGGUCACUGGGCUGCAUUCUUGCGGAACUCUUCACUGGUGUUCCCAUCUUCCCCGGUGAGAACGAACAGGAACAGCUGGCCUGCAUCAUGGAAGUAUUCGGACCUCCGGAGAAGCACCUCAUUGAAAAGUCGACACGCAAGAAGCUGUUCUUCGAUAGCUCUGGUAAGCCGCGUCUUACUGUCUCCUCGAAGGGCCGCCGCCGCCGCCCAUCUUCCAAAACCUUGCAGCAGGUUCUCAAAUGCGAUGAUCAACCAUUCUUGGAUUUUAUUGCCCGCUGUCUCAGGUGGGAUCCUGACAGGAGAAUGAAGCCCGAGGAAGCUGUACGGCAUGAGUUCAUUACCGGGCAGAAGACUCCGCCCUCAUCUUCCAUGCCAGUGCCACGCCUUGCAUCGACGCGAGAGUCGUCCCCAACCAAGCGUGUACAGAGUCUGAACGGAGGAGGACCUCGCCCGCUUCCGGAGCCACCAGCCGCCGUGACUACUAGAACCUCACUACGGUCAGGAGUCGUCGGCUCCGGUAUGCCUGGGGGUCCUUUAAAACCUACUCUUGCUAGUAGUAUUUUGCCUUCCUCCCGUAAGGUAUCCGGCAUGACGGCCUCGGGUAGCGGGGCGACUUCUGGCGUGAAAAGAGCAAGCGGAGGUACCACCGGCUCGACAGCUGGCAGUUUCACCUCCGGAAAUGUGGGCUCUAAUGGGAGCAGUCUACCGCGCGCAGCGGUCCGUACCACGAGUGCCCGGCAGCAACAGCAACAAGAUCUCGCAGCUGCAGGGGCCACAGCGGCCAUGAUGAGCCGCAGGGCCUAG